UUUGAAAAAUGAUUCACGCUCUUAAUCAAGCGCUAGAGAUGGACACUUUACCCAGCCAGCUAUUCAUGCGAUAAUAUUGAUAUCUGGCACGCGUAACACCGCUGUUGCAGGUCACAAGGUUAAGUAAAUGUACAUGUUGAUUGGCUGUUUUUGGUGGCGCGGUACCUGGAUACAAUUUAGGUACCAAAAGUUUAUUGUCAAAGCAUUUUUUAAACAAGAAUUUUUACUGAUGAAUAGGUUGUGUUAGUGACCCUUAGCUAUCAAACUUUGACAGUCCGUUGCUUUUUUUCCCAUAAUUCGUUGUAACAUAUUUUUGAAGAGGCUGACAUGGUGACGCCUGCAUCCUUAAAAAAUAAAUGACUACAAGUUAACCCGUCAGCUAAUUUAUACAAAUUGUUAUUCAGACUUAUUCUGAUCACGAUACGUAGAUUUUUAUAAACCAUCUAACUGAAGUAAGGCCUUGUUCGAUAGGAUUCGAUAGGUUUCGAUAGGGUUCGAACGAGCAAGGAAAAACGGCAUUGUGUUACUGACUAUAAAUCUGUGUAUUAAGCCUAACAUUGUCUAAAUAUCCCUCCAUAAAAUCGCUUGUAAGGUUCACAUGAAUGUUUGUUUCACAAAUGCUCAGUCAAACCAUCAUGGCUGUACAAUUUUUAAAAAAUAUCCUGGUUGACUUGCCAAGCAUCACCCAGACACCGGUGCUUAUAUGAUGUUUUAAUUAUGCUUGUUCUUGCGGAAACACAAACCAAGAUAGUUUUCCACGCCCUGAUAGUUAGCGACUGACUUAGUUUAGCUUCCUGUGAAUUAAGCCUUCCAACUUGAAGUGAAAGAAUGUUUAACGAACGAAUUAGAUUCCAUUAUGGUCCUAAUAAGAUUUCCUUCUUCCACAUCGGCGUUCUAUUUUACAUGGGGUUUGUUGGAUGUUCGCAUUCCACACGCGAGCUGAAACAGUGUCUUCCAGUAGCCACGUUCGACGAUGCUGUACUUUCGAGACCUCAGAAUGCUUCAAUAAUAAAGCGACAGCUCGGACAUUUUAAGAACCUUUCCACAUGCGUAUCGCACUGCUGCAGGAGUUCCAAAUGCGAUGUUGCCUUGUUCGACGGCACUUUCUGUUAUGGCGUGUUUUGUCCAACGGAAAACGUUUGCCAUUUUGAAAAAGCCCGGGAAGGACAGAGGUCAUAUCAGACCGUGUUGUUAAAAGAUAUUUUUGCAGGAGUGGACAGAUUCCUAGAGGGAAGAGCUCGACUGGGAUCGAUACAUCCUUCAAAUCUCAAAUUAAAAAAGCUUCAAUUUUCUUUUGAGGAAGGGAUGAAUAGAAAUAAAUCAAACAUCAAAAGAGGCAAAUAUAGAAAACAGGGUGCUCAUCAAUUAAAGCGGAUCUUGUCGGCGAAACGAAACAUUUUACAAGAAAGGAAAAAGCGUCUUAACGAUGAUAAAUGCCACAUUAGACGAAUCACAAACAACACCUCCUUGCACUCAGGUAUGGAUGCUGGGAAAUUCAAAUUACAUGGAAAAUCAAAGGGCAUUUCAGCUUGUGCGAGGCUGUGUUGUCGAGACCAACUGUGUGAUAUCGCCGUUAUAAUGACUGGUCGCUGUUACACUGUGCAAUGUUAUAGCAUGACGGACUGCCAAUCAAAACCUUUAGAGAGCAAAGCUACUAAUAUUGUAAUAGCAUACGUUUACAAUCCCAGGAAAGCGUUCAGCAAUGAGAGCAGACGCAGCAGUGAAACUGAUCAUACCAAGCGAAAAGAAAUUAGCAAGAAAACCGUCGUGUCCAAUCCUAAUGAAGGUAACAUAGGCGAUAUUCUUGGAAAGAUUAGGUUCCUGAACGGUCCAUCUACUGUAACAUCAGACAUGCACUUCAGUUUUCUCCAACAGUGCGCUCUCUAUGUUGAACCAGAAAAUGUAACAAAGCCUGUUCAUGGCUGGGUUACUCCACGAUAUUCUCCCGUUAAAUAUCUUUACCAGGCUCCCAGGAGUACACCUCCGCCUCUUGGUAUGAGAUCUGCCGUGCCUCUUGGAGGAAUGGGGACAGGAUCGUUAGAGCUUAGAGCCGACGGAUCAUUUCAUGAAUGGACCCUUGAGAACCAGUCACCAGGUGGAUCGGCCAAACUUGGCCCAGGCGCAUUGGAUAAAACAGUGCUUGGUGUAAGAGUGAGUUCUUCUUUGGGAACAAAAGCCGCCCUCUUGAGAACACACCCUCCUCCUGGGUACCCUGGUGUGAAGGGCUUGUCAUACUCAGGAUCUUUUCCAGUGUCAAGACUUAGUGUUAAGGAUGAAAGAUUUUUUGGAGUUGAAAUAGACUUGUUUGCAUACGGCACUCUCCGAGCGAGGAAAACAGAACUAUCAUUUGUUCCUGGAGUAGUUUUUACACUAAGUGUUAAAAAUCCAACUGAUAAGGAAGUGGAUGUGUCUUUCCUGUUGAAUAUUCCUCUUGGUGAGCAACCAGACACGUCAAGAAGAGGCGACAACAUUGAGACCAAAGUUGAUGUAGUGUCUUCAGCUCAGUGUGCAGCCAUGUGUAACGAGGAUGAUCGUUGCAUGGCCUGGAGCUAUGAAAAGGACAGGUGUUCGUUAAAAGAUGCAAUGCCACUUCACGCGUUUAAGGCGGGUGUCACUUCCGGCGUUAAGGGACAGUGGAGAUUAAAGGAAGAAAUGCUAACUUGUGAAAGGCCCAACAAGUUCCCAAACAGUGGAAGCACUACGCUUCUGUCAAGCAAUACAAACAAACCAACAUUUGGCGUCACGGAUGACUUCCGGUCCGUUUGGGAAGCGUUUGAAUCGAGCGGAAAACUAAGAAAGAGGAUAGACUCUUUCGGCUUUCAUGGCACGAUAGCUGUUGGAGCAAGACUUCCUUCUGGUAUAAGUGAAACACUGACGUUCAUUUUAGCCUGGUAUUAUCCUUACCGAGACCACUCAGGAAAAAGCGUUGGGCAGUAUUACAGCAACCUCUUCAACUCCAGCAGAGACGUAGCUGAGCACAUCCGAGACAACCUUCUCUCAAACUUGAAGGACAUCAUUUCAUGGCAUUCAAAUAUCAUUCCCUCGACGCCCUUCAGGACUUCCCUACGAAAUUAUGGUGUAAAGUCUUCUCUUCCUGAAUGGCUUCAGGAUCAUCUAGUCAACAGUUUGAGUUUUUGGAGAAGCGGAUUUCGAGUGGCUGACGGCAGAUGGCGGCAAUGGGAGGCACUAGACUGCAAUGAUGUCGAUUCGGUUCACAAUGAUUUCCAGAGGGAACUACCGUACCUCAUUUUCUUCCCAGAACUACUGGAAAACGUUGUGAGGGCCUGGGCUCGAUAUCAGCACCCAGGUGGAUGGAUACAGGAGACUCUACAGAUACAGUGGGGAUGCCAUAACCGAACAAACCGGUUAGAUACCCCUGGAGGAAGAGUCAUGGCUGAUGUCACGCCAGCCUUUUUAGCACAGUUCUACCAUCUUUACUUAUGGACGGGCAACCAACAGGUCCUUCGAGAUCUCUGGCCAGCAGCUCGCAAGGCACUGAUUUGGCUCAUGCGUGACAGCACAGGGGACUCGGGCCUCCCUUUACGUAAAACGUGCACUUACGAUAUUAUUUACCAAGAGGGCUACGACCACACGACGUACAACAGUGUUAUGUAUCUGUUAGGAUUACGGGUGGGCCAAGUCCUUGCAGACACCUUAGGAGAAACUGAAUUGGCUCAGGCCAUUCAGCUAGCGUUUGAGUACGGAAAAGAAAAAUUGGACAGGACUUUAUGGGACGAGGAGGAAGGAUUUUAUCAUUCAUGGUGGGAUCACGAGAAAGGUUCUCCACCCUGGCUGAUGGCGGACUCUCUUUAUGGUCAGGUUUGGGCCUAUGCCCUGGGUCUUGGACACCUUCUUGAUCCUAUCAAAAUGAAAAUGCACCUGAAUAAAGAGAGACAGCUAAAUGGCACACCCUACGGACUUCGCGUGCUUGCUCAAGGGAUCAAGAAAAGAACAACGAAGACUGAUAAAAAUGCAAAGCAAAAACUUAGACAAAAGUGGAAAACACGCAAACAAGAGGAGGCCGUAGCAGAUUUGGGCAGCUUCUCCAACCAUAUUUCAGAAUUGAAAGAUCCACAUUUUAAUAAACUAUCAAAUUUUACAGCGAAGGAGAGUCAGCUAAGGACAAAAAUGUUCUACGAUAAUGAUAAAAUAAAUAGACACGCUGCGCAUCAUUUUUCAGCGAUUAAAACAUCAGUGACGAAGAUCGACAUGAAAAUACAAAGAAGAAAACUAAAUGGAACAGACAAAAUUGUGGAUAACCAAUUCAAUUCAACAUCAAAUUCAAUUCUAUCCGUUACACAAAAAUCUCUUCAACACGAAAACUGCUUUGCCCUUGAACAGGAGAGCAAGUUUAAUUCCAUUUGGAUGGGAAGCGAUGCAGAUUGGACCACUCUCAACAUCCAUCUGGGAAUGGAUCCUUCUAAAGCUCUAAAACAAGCUGAAAGAGCUCUGGAGCAUUACAGAACCAAACUGAACGACCUAUGGAAUAUCCACGGUUUGACCGCUGGUCAGGGUUACGGCGUAGACGGUCAGCCGUGGUGCACGUCGCAUUAUAGUUUCCACAUGGUCCUUUGGCACAUACCGUUGGCUCUUUCUGGCCAGCAGUUUAAUGCAAUAAAACAAAUAUUAAUAUUUGAACCGAAAUUGCAGGUCCCGUAUAAUCUUCCGUUCUUCACUCCUUUCGCUAGUGGAACAGUUCAAGCAAGAAAGCUAAAGGAGAGAAUUAAGCUUACCGUGACCGUGACAUCCGGGAGACUGGAGCUGAAGUUUUUAGCCGUAUCAAAAAGUAUGUUUCCAAACAAAAACGUUGAAAUAAGUGAGGGUGAAUUUGUAAGUUGGGAAAUGAAAUGAAUAUACCUUUCUAUCCGACAUUUUUUAAUAAAAAAGAUAACUUUAACUGUAUGGUUAUUCAUCGCUCGU